CCGCCAUGUGGAGAAGAUUAGAGCGUUGCUUAAAACUUUCAUCGCAAAGUCGAAGCGUAAAGGGGUGCAAUGGGCGACAAGUACCGACUGGUGGCCCGCGCUGCUCCUGCGCCUGCUACUCAUCGAGACUCCUCUGCGCUUUCACCACCGGUCACUUCAAUGGUGCAGGAUGAGAAGGCCCCAUUCGUCGCAGCCACUAAGCUCGACCUCGAAGCCGCGACGUUCCCUGCAGCAGUCCCCACCCAAAAAGCUCGCUCCGUCUCUAAGAGACUCGUGGCGGUCGUUGCAGCCGCGCUGUUCGCAUUCACCCACCUGGCGCUGCUCAACCUCCGGUCUAUCCCCACCAGACCACAUCUAGCGCGCCUCCCGACCAAUGCUGACACCAUCCUCGCGCGAUGCCGCACGCUCCAUGCGAAGCCGGUGCCUCCGGGGCCCGAGUACUACGCGCGCAGACAGUCGGACCGGUUUGAGCCCGGGACGCGUCCGGUCUUGCUGAGGAACGCGACGAUCUGGACGGGACGCGCCGACGGGCUUGAGGUGGUGCGCGGAGAUAUGCUCAUGGACGGGGGCGUCAUCGUCAGUGUCGGAGAUGUUCCGGAGGCGCUUCUGGUGGCGAGCGAAUACGACGUGUUGGACGCUGCGGGUGCCUGGGUCACACCUGGAAUUGUCGACAUGCACGCCCACUUGUCGAUCGGGCCUGCGCCGGCACUCAGCGGUGCCGAAGACGGCAAUUCGAACCGGGGUCUGGUUCUGCCCUUCCUGCGUGCGGUCGACGCGCUGAACACUCACGACGAGAGUUUCCUCAACUCGAUGUCGGGCGGCGUGACCACUAGUUUGGUGCUUCCUGGGUCUGCGAAUGGAAUCGGCGGUCAAGGCUUCACGAUCAAAUUGCGACCUACCAAGGAGCGGUCCAGCUCAGCCAUGCUGGUCGACUCUCCUUUGACGUUGAAUGGCUCUGCCAUUGACUACGAAGCGCCUUUGCGCUGGAGGCACAUGAAACACGCAUGUGGUGAAAAUCCAUCCAAUUUUUACAAUGGUGUUCGGAUGGACACCGUGUGGGCCGUCAGACAAAUAUACGACCAAGCUCGACAAAUCAAGAACGCGCAAGAUGGAUUCUGUGAACGCGCUCUGGCUGGCGAAUGGGAAGGUCUUGGCAACUUUCCCGAAGAGUUGUCUUUGGAGGCUUUGGUUGACAUCCUGCGCGGAAGAUUCAAGGUCCAAACCCACUGCUACGAAGCCGUGGACAUCGACUACUUUGUGCGCUUGACCCAGGAGUUCCAGUUCCCCGUCUCGGCCUUCCAUCAUGCUCACGAAACGUAUCUGGUCCCUGACCUCCUCAAGAAAGCAUACGACCACGCGCCUGGUUCUGCUAUUUUCUCGAGCUUCUCGCGGUACAAGCGCGAGGCAUACCGGCACUCGACUUAUGCAGCUCGGAUCCUCGCAGACAACGGUCUCAAGGUUGCCAUGAAGAGCGAUCAUCCCGCCAUCGUGUCGAGGUUUCUCUUGCAUGAGGCUCAACUUGCUCAUUACGCAGGGCUGAGCACUGGCCUUGCAUUGGCAUCAGUGACUACGACGCCUGCCGAGCUGAUUGGACUGUCCCAUCGCGUGGGAUCAAUCAAACUUGGCUAUGAUGCCGAUGUCGUUGUCUGGGAUUCGCACCCCCUUGCACUGGGGGCAGCUCCAACUCAGGUCUAUGUUGACGGCAUCCCGCAGCUGUCCAAGCCGUUCUCGGUCAAGAAGCCCGCGUCAUCUCAGCAUGCUCCGAAAACACCCAACUUCGACCAAGAGAGGGCGGACGCGAUCAAAUACGAGGGCCUGCCUCCCCUUGAGCCGGAGGUCCGUACCCCGGAGUCGAUUCUGUUCCGGAACGUCUCGAGUCUGCUUGUGGACGGGUUCGCCUCCUUCGCGGCUCCGGGCGACGUGCUCGUUAAGGAAGGCGUGAUUGUGGCUGUAUCGGGCGCAUCGGCACUCGACUCUCGCGGCGCGCGCAUUGUUGAUUUGGAAGGCGGGAGCAUCAGCCCUGCGAUGGUCUCUGUUGGCACGAUCAUGGGCUUAGAGGAGAUGUGGAGCGAGGACUCGACAGGCGACGGGGCCGUCUUUGAUCCGCUCAUGGGUCACGUCCCUGCUAUCUUGGGAGAAGACACGCUCAUACAGGCAUACGAUGGACUGCAGUUUGGGUCUCGCAAUGCGCUUUUGGCAUACCGCGAAGGCGUCGCUACGGCUAUCGAGGCACCCAAGGGCUACAAGUUCAUGUACGGACUCAGCACGUCGUUCUCGCUUGCUGCGCGGCAUAAGCUGGAGAAAGGCGCGGUUGUGCAGGAGAUCGCGGCGCUGCAUGUUUCUGUGACGAUGGGCAACUCGGACGAGGCUUCGGUCAGCACCCAAAUUGCGACUCUGAGGCGGCUGUUGUUGGACCCUCCCAAGAGCUAUGGACUCAAGCAAGUCGUCGAGGGAACUAUACCCCUGGUCGUCGACGUCAACAGCGCAGACAUCAUUGCAAGCCUGCUCGCCCUGAAACGCCAGGUGGAACACAAACACGGCAACCCCAUCAACCUCACGCUCUUCGGAGGAUCAGAGGCGCACUUGCUCGCCAAGGAGAUCGCAGCAGCCGACGUCGGGGUGGUGCUAGCUCCAGCCCGCAGCUUCCCUCACACGUGGGAAAAACGCCGGCUCCUCCCCGGGCCGCCGUUAUCCGCCGAGAGCUCUGCGGCGUAUUUGCACAGACACGGAGUCAUCGUCGGACUCGCUCCCCAGGGCCUCGAGGGCAUGGCUCCGAUGACGGGCUGGGCCGCUCACAAUCUGCGUUUCGAUGCUGGAUGGGUCUCGCUUGAAUCCGAGGGCGCGGUCUCCAAGGAAGCUGCGCUGGCCAUGGUUUCGACGAAUCUCGAGAAGCUGCUGGGAGUGUCUGCGUCGGCAAACGGGAGCACCGAGUUUGCCGCGACGAAGGGCGGGGAUUUGUUCAGCUUCGAAAGCAAAGUUGUAGCCAUGAUAUCUGGCAAGCGGGGGCUCGUUGACCUGCUGUGAAGACAUCUUGUUUUACGGCAUAUAUAACGAUAGUGGAUAAUUUAAGCACUGAGAUUGUAGGUAUUCCAAGUAUACAAACCCGUAGGAUCAGGCUUAGGCUUCGAAUGAUGCACUUC